AUGCUUCUAGAAAGAAGAAUGACAGGUGAAGAUGAAAUUGUGAACAUGUCCAUUGGCUCUGGUGAUCCAGAAGAUACUGCAAGGGUCCCAGUGGAGUUUCUCAACACCUUGAACCCACCUGGGAUUCUACCACACAACUUGCUGUUGAAGAAAAAUUGCAUCAUUAUGCUCAUCAGAAACCUUGACUUGAGUGGUGGUCAUUGCAAUGGAGUGAGAUACAUAGUGACAGAUGUCAAAGAUCAUCUCAUUGUUGCAAGGAAAUUGGAGGAUCCCAACUCGAUUUGUUUCAUUCCCAGAAUUGAAGUGAUAGACACACAAUCAGGUUUCCCUUGGAGAUUCAAGACACGGCAGUUUCCUGUAAGAUUGGCCUUUGCAAUGACCAUCAACAAAUUACAGGGAAAAUUUCUUGACAGGUGUAGCAUCAGUCUUCCCAAAAGUGUCUUUUCUCACGGUCAGCUUUAUGUGGGUACAAACAAAUCAGAAUCUGGGCUGAUCAAGAAUCAUUCAAAAGGUUCAACAUUCCAAGUUUGA